CUUGGAGAUGACGUCUCACCCUCUGUGCGCACACAGGUUUCUGUGCUUGCUUCCGUGCAGCCAGGGAAUGGGACAGUAGUGUCGCAGUUUCUUCUGGAAGGGCUGGCUGACACAGAGGAGCUGAGGCUUGUGCUCUUCGCCAUCUUUCUGGGUGUCUACAUAGUGGCUGUAGUAGGGAACCUGGGCAUCACCAGCCUCAUCGUACUAGACUCUCGGCUCCACACGCCCAUGUACUUCUUCUUGGCCAACCUGUCGCUGCUCGACACGGCCUACAUUUCCAACACGGUGCCCCAGGUGUUGGCACACCUGCUGGCACCCAUUCGGACCAUUCCGUACUGGGCCUGCCUCACCCAGAUAUUCUUUCUGCAUUUCCUGGCGCCCUGGGAGUGCUUCCUGCUCACUGCCAUGGCCUACGACCGCUACGCUGCCAUCUGCCAGCCGCUGCACUACCUCGUCAUCAUGGGCCUCCGGACACGCGUGGGGCUGGCAUCCCUGUCCUGCCUGCUCGCCCUGGUCAAUGCCCUCACACACACCAUUCUGGCAGCUCUGCUCAAGUUCUGUGGGCCCCACCUCAUUACCCACUUCUUCUGUGAUCUCCCCCCACUGCUCAAGCUCUCCUGCUCCAGCACACGCGCCAAUGAGCUCGCCCUGUUCUUCUUCAGCUUCCUGGUGGCGCUGGCGCCCUGCACCCUGGUGUUCAUCUCUUACGUGCACGUUGUGGCCGCCGUGCUCCGGAUCCGCUCGGCAGAGGGCCGGAGGAGAGCCUUCUCCACCUGUGGUGCCCACCUCACCAUGGUCUGCAUCUUCUACCUCACCUCGGUCCUCUGCUACAUCCUGCCCAGCUCCGCCUACUCUGGCUUGCGAGACCGCGUGCUCUCGGUGCUCUACGUGGUGCUCACGCCCAUGCUCAACCCCAUCAUCUACAGCAUGCGGAACAAGGAGGUGAAGCGGGCGUUGGGGAAGGCUCUGGGGAAGGGGGGCACCUAGUGGGGCGGCCACUUCUCACUGGAGUCUACCCCUG